AUGGGGACGCAGCGGCUUGCGCGUCUAGUGCCCACAAAUAAGCCGAAGAUUGGCAGCCGCUCCUGCUCUCCACUUCUAGUGCCUGGCGCAAACGCUUGUUUCAUCCUUGCCGCUGACGGCGCCCGCGGCGUGCUGCCUCCCGACCCUCGCAAGCUUUCCGUCUCUGACGAGGACGCAUGGGUGGUUGCAACCGUGAUCCGUGGCCCGCAGAGCGGCCACGUCCGCCUGCGUCGUGACGAUGCACCGCCCGGCGUCGACAUUGAAGUCGAGAGGCCCGAGGCGGAGGUGGCAGCCUGCAGCAUCGUCUCGGACUCGGAGCCGACGCUGGCGGCGUGCGAGGACAUCGUCGGUCUCGGCGACGUCAACUUUGGCGCGAUGCUCCACUCCUUCCGCCUCCGCCUCGAGAAGGACCGCAUCUUCACCAACAUCGGCCCCGUCCUUGUCGUGAUGAACCCAUACCGCCCGGUCGACUCGUGCGCGCCUUCGACGAUGCUCGAGAUGGCCAAGAAGACGUCGGCAAGCACGGACGCGAACGACCUCCCGCCACACGCCCACUCAUCCGUCGCUCGGGCCUACUCGUCGAUGGUCCAGGGCAAGCACGGCACGCCGCAGUCGGUGCUCGUGUCUGGUGAGUCGGGCGCCGGCAAGACGGAGACCAUCAAGCUCUGCAUGGCGGCGCUCGCAAACAUCUCGCGCUCGACCGGCUCCACCACCGAGGCGGCGCUCGAGUCCGGGCUCCUCCUCGAGGCCUUUGGCAACGCGAUGACCGUCUACAACCACAACUCGUCUCGCUUCGGCAAGUGGUGCGCCCUCCUCGCCCCUUUCUGCCGCGCCGCCAGAAUCUCGUCCGGAGUGAUCCAGUCGUACCUGCUCGAGCAGUCGCGCAUCGUCUCGGCGCCCUCCGGCGAGCGCAACUACCACAUCUUCUACUACAUGCUCGCCGGCAUGCCCGAGCCUCUCCGCUCGCAGCUCUACCUCGUCGGGUGUAAGCAGGUGGCCAACCCGAGCACGGACAAGGAGGACAACCCGGGCAAGGUUGCGGACGCUGCGGCGCUCUCCGUGGUGGCGGACCUGCUCGGCAUGAAGCAGAAGGAGCUCGAGGCCAAGCUGACGACUAAGGUCCUCAAGAUCAACGGCCCGUCCGUCUUCUCCAAGCGCCUCACGCGGCAGGGAUCGACCUACACGCUCGCCCUCUCUCCCGAGCAGUGCGGCGACACGCGCGACGCCGUGGCGCGGGCGGUCUACUCGGCCGUCUUUGACCACGUGAUCAAGCGGCUCAACCAGACGCUCGGCGCCGGUAGCAUCGCGGCCUCCGAUCGGCGCUCGAUCGGCUUCCUCGACAUCUUCGGCUUCGAGAACUUCGCCUUCAACUCGUUUGAGCAGCUCUGCAUCAACUUCACAAACGAGCGGCUCCAGGCGCAGUUCACCGACUCGCUGAUCAAGCGGCAGCAGGAGGAGUGGAAGCGGGAGGGCGUGCACUGCGCGCACAUCUCCUUCCCCGACAACGCCGGCCAGAUCGAGCUGCUCGACAACUCCAAGGGCGGCGUCCUCGCGCUGCUCGACGAGGAGUGCGCCGUCCCCAAGGGCAGCGACGAGGGGUACGUCUCCAAGAUGCACACCGCCUUCGCCUCCAACGAGCUCUACUGCAAGCCGCGCCGCGGCAAGGGGGCCGCCCUCCACGGGGGCAAGCCGGGCGUCGUCACCAAGUACGACGCGCUCCAGUUCAUCGUGCACCACUACGCGGGCGAGGUGCAGUACACGGCGAGCCGGUGGCUCGAGAAGAACCGCGGCACGCUCCACCCCGACCUCCCGAAGCUGCUGGCCGGCUCGUCGCGCCCGCUGCUCGCGUCGCUCUUCGCGGAGCGCGCCGCGGCGGACGAGACCAAGCGAGCCACCGUCGGCGCGUCGUACCGCUCCUCGCUGCGCGCGCUCUCCCAGACGAUGGCGGCGACCACGCAGCACUUCAUCCGCUGCAUCAAGCCGAACAUGGAGCAGCGGCCCGACCACUUCAACGGGCAGGUCGUCUCGCGCCAGCUGCGGUACACGGGCGUCGCCGCCGUCGUCGAGAUCCAGCGCGCGGGCUACCCGAUCUCGUACACGCACGCCAGCUUCAUCGGCCGCUACCGCUGCGUCGCCUUCGACAAGCCCGAGCUGCUCGCGAUGGCGCAGUCCGACCCGCGGCAGUGCUGCGCCGGCAUCCUCGAGUACGCGCAGAAGCUCGCCGGCGACUCCGCGCCCAAGGAGCCGUGGCUCGAGUCGCUCCUCGCGCAGGUCGGCGCGACCAAGGUCUGGCUGCGCGCCGAGGUGCUCAACGCGCUCGAGGUGCCGCGCCGCUCCGUCACCGGCCGCGCCGCCGUCGCCUGCCAGCGGCUCGCGCGCGGGCUUGCCGCGCGGAAGCUCUUCCUGGUCGCCGUCAAGCACGCGUCGGGCGUCGCGGCCGUGCGCGUGUGUCUCGCCAACAAGGACGUGGCGGGCGCGGAGGCUGCGCUCGACAAGCUGCACGCGCAGUGGGAGAGCUCCAAGGCGGCGCUCGCCGCGCUGCCGCCCGAGCAGCUGGCCGGCGGCAAGGUGGCCAAGAUGCGCGCAGAGCUCAACGAGCUGGCAUGCGAGGUGCAGGACCUCAAGGACCGCGUCGUGCUGUCGUGGGAGUCGGGCGACCGGUACGAGGGCGGCUGGAAGGACGAUAACCCGCACGGAAAAGGGACGUACCACUAUGCGGACGGCAACUCGUACGAGGGCCGGUGGGCGUGGGGCGUCAAGGAGGGCAAGGGCGUGUUCCAGUGGGCGGCCGGCGAGCGGUACGAGGGCGAGUGGGCCGACGACAUCAUGCACGGCGAGGGCACGUACACCUUCGCCGACGGCUCGAGCUACAAGGGCGGCUACUGCAGGGGCGUGCGGCACGGGCAGGGCACGUGGACGUACAAGGACGGCGGCCACUACGUGGGUACGUGGGAGGCGGGCAAGAAGCACGGCCGCGGCGUGUACACGGGCCAGGAGGGCAACGUGGUCUACGACGGCGAGUGGAAGUACAACAAGGAGCACGGCGAGGGCACCUUCUACCAGCCCGACGGCGGCUUCUACACGGGCACGUUCUUCGAGGGCAAGCGCCACGGGCAGGGCCAGUACACCUCGCCCGCCGGAGAGGUCAUGUUCAAGGGCGAGUGGCUGGACAACAAGCCAGUCACCAGCGGCUCGCAGCGGGUGGCGGCCGCGCCCGUCGCGCCCGCGAAGCGGCUCUCCCUCACAACCAAGGACAAGAGCGCGAGCGACCAGUCCGAGCUGGUGCCGACGCCGUCCACACCGCGCGGAGCCUCGGCGGCGGCGGCGUGAGGCGCCAGGUGGGGGGCCCUCUCUCCCCGCCUUUGUGGCCGGUCUAGAUGGGAGGGUAGGGCUGCUCCCGGGUUGGCGCGAGAGAGUGACGCCGCGCUCGCCCUUGCGGCUAACUGCCGCGUCGUACUGAGAGAGGCGCGGUUGGCAUGAUGUGGCGGCUGUGAAGUAGUAGCGCGCAAGUGUGUGGGCAUGGGAUCAGAUAUGCGCGCGUGGCGAUGGUGUGCAUAUGACGUGAGUCGACGCGCGCGUUGCACAUUUUUUAACUGUAACACCACUAAUAUU